AUUAAGGGAACCGAUGCCGACAAUGACAUCAUUGAGUUUGGUGUUCGCGGAGAUAUAGUCGGCAACCGUUUAGCGGCGGACGUCUAUUUAAAAAUGCCGCUAACAAAACCGGAAUAUAGGAUAACAAUUUACGCUUCCGAUGGUAAACAUGACACUGAAGUCGAGUCCACAAUCAUUGUCACCGAAAGCAUUCCCAUCACUGAAUCACCAUUUGUUUUAUCCGACAAUAUAAUCAAAAUAUCUGAGAGCACAAAUACAAACCAAACAAUUGCCACAAUAAGUGUGAGGGAGAAGGAGAAUAGCAAUCUUCCCGUCAAUUUUGAAUUAAGGGGUUCCGACAAGUUUUCCAUUAAGUACAUCUUUGGUCCGGGAGGCACAAGUAAUGCAGAGAUUUAUUUACUCCAAAAAGUCGAUUACGAGCGACAAAAUCUGUAUAUUUUGUCAAUCGUCGCUUUGAAUUGCUGGACAAACGAAACACACGACACGCGAAACAUUGCAAUCACUGACAAAGUGGUGGUAAUCACUGAUAUUCAAGACACUCCGCCCGUGUUUAUUGAUUUGCCAAAUGUGGUGAAAAUAUCGGAAAAUACUAAAGUUGGAAGUAUUGUGUUAAAUGUGAGUGCAGUGGACGGCGAUUAUGGCAAUCAACGCAACAUUACAUACGAUAUCGACCCGAAGUCAUCUCUGCGAUCCUUCUUCGGAAUCGACGAGACGAGUGGGUCGGUUGUGUUGCGGCGACCCAUCGAUGACAUUAAACAAGAAAUCGGAACCAAAGAACCUAUGAUUCUAAACGUAAUGGCAAUAGAAGUGGUUCCUGAAGCCCAGAAGAGAUCUGAGAGACGAGUGGAACCUAUGAUUCUAAACGUAAUGGCAAUAGAAGUGGUUCCUGAAGCCCAGAAGAGAUCUGAUGAUACCAUACCCCCGAUGACCAGCAAUCAAGACAUAAGUCUAGUGAUAGUGUCAACGGAUAACAGACGCCCGCAAUUCAAAACUGAACACAUGUUUGGAAGUAUUGAGGAAAACAGUCAACACAUGACACCUGUCCUCUGGCAGCGGUCCAGUAAUCCGCAAGUGAUGGACAACGAUCCGGGCAUUAAUGGCACAAUGGAUCUGACACGGUCCAGUAAUCCGCAAGUGAUGGACAACGAUCCGGGCAUUAAUGGCACAAUGGAUCUGACAGUCAACGACCCGUCGGACACUUUCAUGAUUCAACCCAAGAGAGGAAUUAAUGAAAUUAUUUUCUCUAUUGUUGUGAAAGACUCCACAAAAUUGGAUUACGAAACAAAUUCAGACAAACAAUUCACUGUUAAAGUGACGGCAACAGAUCUCUCUCAUAAUCCGCUUAAUUCAACCAUAUUUUGUACCAUAAAAUUGAUUGAUUUAAAUGACAAUAUCCCACAAUUUUCGCAAAGAAUAUACGAAGCGGUUAUACCCGAGAAUGCAGUUCCGGGCACUACUGUGGCCAGGAUUGAGGCCACGGAUGCCGACUCUGGAGAAUACGGUCACAUCCGCUAUACAUCUAUUAAUGGCCCGCUUUCUGACGAUUUACAAAUCAAUGCCGAGACGGGAGUUAUUACACUGAAGACCAACGAAAACAUAGACCGAGAGAUUAUAUCUGAAUAUCGGGUAACUGUUGAAGCGAGGGAUGAGUCGGGACGCGGCAACAAGAAUGUGACCGAAUUGCACAUCAAAAUAGGGGACAUCAACGACAAAGAGCCGGUGUUUCUGCAGCCCCGAUACGACGCCGUCCUAAACCCCGAUCGAUACACAUUUACACAACCAUUGUUUGUAAAGGCAGUGGACGGCGACGAAGUGGGAACUGCUAACAGCAAUGUUAGCUAUGAGCUCAUUGGCGGCAAUUAUAACGAUCUCUUUUAUAUUAAUGAAAUUUCGGGAGAGAUACGGAUCAACUCUUCGCGCGUUAAUGAUAUCCGACCCAAACUGUCGAGUCCUGCUCUUAAUCAAUACCAGACCAUUAAGUUUAUGCCUGUGUUUAAUCUGACGAUCAGAGCCCACGAUCACGGCAUCCCAUACCGAUCCACAUCUGUUCCCGUUUACAUACAUAAUCCCGAUUUCCUCAACAGAACCGUUGUCUUCAAGAUUGGAGAGAAAGAGGAAAACGUAAUUAAACGCAAACUUGCGAUCGAAAGGGGCAUGGUUGAUUUAAGUGGCGCCCAAGUUCAUAUUUAUCAGAUUAGUCAAAAGGACAAACAGAAAGACGUGACAGACAUAAUGGCGUGGAUGGCAUACCCCUCACAAUCGGAAGUCAAUUUGGAUCAAACGCCCGCAAUAUUGAGUCAAAUCAUGGGAAAGGAUUUCAACUCCGGAGAAACUGCCAACAAAUUUAUGACAACACAAAUCGCUGGCAACGAUUUCCGGCUACUUAUUUGGCUCCUUAUUAUAUUGAUUGCCGGAACUCUUGUCUUCUUAAUUAUAUUCUUGAUUUGUUGGUUCUGUUGCUGUCGAGAUAGAUAUCGCCGCCAAAAACUGGACGACUCAGAGAAAACUACUUAUUUGAAGACAUCGACCAAUGGUUCAGUUAUGAGACACAAAGACAAUAAAUCUGUUAAUGAAAGAUAUGAUAAAUCCAAUUAUCACAAGAGAUCCAACCAUUCGGUUCAGGCCUGGAAUGAAGGCGUUGGCGACCGAAUCCAUUUGUCGAGUGGUUACAGACCUUCCUCUGCGCCAAACAACGACCAAAACCAUUACAUGCAAAGUGUGAGAGCAAACAGUUCCCAAUCAUAUCCCGAUCAGUAUUUGGCACAAAAUCCAUCACUUUAUCAACGAGUUUAUAAACUUAAUCGCAAUCAACGGACAAGAGUUGGUCCACAAUAUUAUGAUUCUUACGACGAAAAGGAUUCAAAAACAGAUUACAGAAACGGAUUUCUAACUCAUCGACCAAACAAUCAACCGAUGAGAACAUUCAAAGGCGUCGAUAAUAUGGGAUAUUUGCGCACAACUAAUGAGCCCUACGUUAUCGACGAUUUUAACGAACACAACGCUGUGGUAGUGAACAGAUCCAGUCGUCCAACAGUACAUCCAUUACAUCCAUAUAAUGACAAUUUAGUCGCAUUCCCGAAACGCACGGAAAUUCUUUACAUUCAAAGCCCGACAAAAGGACGAUCACAAGAGGAGGUGUUGAGAAGUAUCAGUCAAAACGAUGUGCCAUAUAAUGAAGACCAGGAUUUCGACUCAGAUGUGUCUCAAACCGGUAAAGAAGGCGAUAUGAGAGUGAGAUUCGCGUCGAAGUCGAAACAGAAACACAUUUAUUUCAAUGACCAAAACAUGACAAUUCCAGAAGAAGUUGUUGUCGUCCCGGGAAUGAUGCCCAACAGUAUCGCUCACAAUCAGCCCAUCUCUGGGACAUCUGCUUCUUAUGCUCGUAAUGACGACACAUCCAAAUCAAGUCAAAGAGUUUCGGUGAUCGACGACCAAAGGAGAGAAGGAUUAGAAGCCAGUCCAUAUAAUGACGACAGCAUUCAUAUAACUUCUGUGAAAGGAGUUCCCGUCAGUAUUGAGUUAAAAGAGAGUAAAAACGGCACAAAUAUUGAAACGACAAAAGAGUCGACAGAAAACACAAAUAAAAGACACAAAAAGAAUCGAAAGAAAGUAUUGACAAAAGAAAAUAGUUUUGAAACAUCGGAAAAGUCAUACGAUUCUGAUUCAGGAAUCGGUAAAACCAUUGCCAACGCGAACAUUGAUUUGGAUAUGAAAAACAGCGAUCUUAUGGAGAAGAAGAGCAUAUUUACCAUUGCAUACAAUGACGUCAAGACAAGGCAUUUACAAUCGGCUGAAUCUAACUUUGAA